UGUCUGUCUUUUUUUUUUUUCUUUGCUUUUAUUACUUCUUCUUCAACACUUCCCCUAUUGUUCAUUGUUAUCGUUGACUCUAGCAAAAUAAUAGCCAGCCGUGGGUUAUUGUUCGUUUUCAUUCUUUUAGUGUGCACAAUACAGCGGCCCUGAAGUGAGAAUGCUGAACGGCUCGACUCCCAAGGCUGUCAGUUUUUUUCGUUCUACGACAUACUCAUUCCAGCAUCAUGAGCCACCAGUGCCACUGCAAAAUGACCAGCUCUCAAUGACAAAUUCGCCACCAUCGUCAAAUGCUUCUUCAUACAGCUCAGUUUCUACCCCUGGUAACUCGCGUCCUUCGUCCUUUGUCGGCCUCUCCAGCUUAUUGCAGCCACUCAAAGGCCAUGCAGGAAUGGCCGUUUUUCACACUUCCCACUACUUACUGCCCACUUCCUGGAGCCACAAUCAUCCGCAGCACAAGCCGUCAUGGUCGGGUAUAUCCGCUGUCAAUAAUCCUGUCGCCUUACCGCAACAUGUCUUACAGCGUCCACGCAGCAUUUCCAGUCUGUCCAAACCGACACACCCCACAAGUGAUGACGUCGAUACCAUGUAUCAAGGGAACAGUGAACAAGACGAAGAGGACCAUCUUUGGAGUAUGGACAGUAUUGACGGAACCACUUCGGAUGAACAGGACGAUACGGCCGUCGACCUUGUGGCCAGUCUUCAACGUGACAGCUGCAUAAACAAUUUAUUCAAACCGACGUUUUUCGAACAUGAUUCCAUUUUACCUGACAAGAGCGGGAUAACUCGCAAAAUUGCCGACUUGAGAGUGGAAAAUGCGGCGUUGUUGGCGAUCAACACGACUUUGGAGACGACCGUGCAACGUCAAGCCUCAAGGAUUGCCGAGCUGCAAGCACAAUUACAAUCAAAAGAACCUGGAUGCAUCGUCCUGGACAGAGCACAUCAGACUGACAUGACUAGCAUGGAAGAGACGGAGACGGAAUGGAUUUGUGAGCACAUAGAGGCCGAUCUGAUUUAUUUGCGGGUCAAAAAAGUGAUUCAUCACUUGAUCACUGAAGCGGAAGUGGCCAUUGUGCAACAAGCCAAAUUACCGGCACUUUUGGAAAGAGAAAUGUCCAAAGGCAUGCGCGAAGCUCUGAAGGAACAGCUCCAUGAGCAAAGAAAGGGUUCUCCUUCGGUGGUGCAGCGACUAUCAAUCCGUCGAUCAUCUUACAUCGUUUCACCAGAGACACCACGUCGGUUGUCCGAUAAACGUCUACGACAGAAUCGAUCGCCGCCUACCAGCAGCGCCCCAAGAUACCCUUCGUCUGGUCAUACGGCCAAACCAGCGAAUAAAGGCAAGCAGACCAUCCGUCCUCGAAGAGAAGGAUCGUCAAGGACAUCGUGUUCGGCUCCCGUGAUCCGUCCUGCAUCAAGCAGUAUCUCCAAAGCCACCAAAAAGAAACGUUCCAUCACCACCACCAGCGUCCCACCCAAAUGGCAGUAUUAAUGGUAAAACUGAAAAAUCGAAAUGCUGCAUCAGCAUGUCCUGCCCUGCUUUUUAGCCUUUUGCUGCCAUGGAUGCUGUCCCUUGUUACCAUUAAUCACCUCACUUUGGAGCUUCAACCGAUAAUAUCAAGAAACCUUGACUACAACAACGGAAAUUACGUGGAUACGAUCGAAUAAUAGCGGGAAAUAGCCUAGCGAAGUAGUGCUGAAACGGAGUGGAAUAGUAGCAAAACGAUAGCAAAGUGGUCAUCACCUCUUGUGACAUGGAUAUGAACCAGACAGUCGUGCUAUGCAGCACUGUCUCUACGACGGAGCAAAGCUCAUUUCUUGGAAAAAGUAUAUAUAUUUUUUUCUCCUCCAAUUCGACCGAAUAACCCAUAAGCGUUGCUGAAAAAAAAAAAAAAAACAAUGGUGGAUAAAAAAAUGAAAAGGAAG